GAGAAAUGGCGGGAAAUGCUUUUAUGUUCCUCAUUCUUUCUGUUAGUGGCAUGUGGUGUAAAGUAUGAUAAAUUGUGAAGGUUGAUUACGAUGGAUUACAAGACACGUAAGCGUCAUACAACUGUCACAGAUGCUCACGAAAAUGAUUAUCCUCAUGAUAUACAAAUGUAUGAUGUGCCCCCAGUGGGUGAAAUGUCAUUGGAAGAGUUUCAAGAGUUGGGAUUUGACAGAUUAAAAGUAUUCCGAUUGGUCGAGACAACAAACUGCAGAGGUGAUCUGAAAACAUUGGAAGAACGGAAGAAAGCUUUGUACGAUUCUUUGAAAUCUGACGGACUGAAAUACUAUGCGAAUUUAUUGUACGCUGAUGGAUCUAAUCCACAGUCAGAAGAGCAUUUACAGACCAGGAAAAAAGAUCACAUAUCACAUUUUAUUUUGAGACUUGUUUAUUGUCACGAUAUGGAGCAAACUAAAUGGUUUAUUAAUCAGGAGGUUGAAUUCUUUAAAUUAAGAUUUAGUUCUUUAGAAAAGAAGGGCAUCGAACAUUUAUUGAGUAUUAGUAACAUGGAUUGUAUACCUAUUUCACAAAAUGAAAAACUAGAGGUGAAAGAAGAACUUAGCUUAUCAUCUGGGAAGGUUACAAAUAUAGAUAUUGCAGAUAUUUAUAAAGUGCCUUUUGAGAAAGUCAUUGAUUUAGUCAAAGGACGUAAAGUCUAUCUCAAAGCAGGGAUGGCAUAUGUUACUCAUAUGGAUCUGAGUUCAGUAUUCAUCUCUUAUUUUAGAGAGAAUCUAAUUGCAGGAUUAAAGAGCGCAAAACUUUUUUACGAUAAUAUAUCUGAUGAUGAAAGAUUGACUAGAUACUUAACAGGUCUUCCUUCAGCUUUCACUGGAAUGGCACGUGUCGUGUGGUCAACCACAGCUACGCCCAUUGAUAAACUCCAUGAUUUAUCCAAAACGUCAUAUCCUUUAUGUAUGCGAACACUUCAUGAAGCACUUUAUACCAACAGUCAUCUGAGAAACUCAGGACGUAUGCAAUAUGGGUUAUUUCUAAAAGGUAUAGGUGUGACUUUAGAAGAUGCUCUACGUUUCUGGAGAGAUGCAUUUUCGAAAAAGACAGAUGGGGCAGCAUUUGAUAAAAAAUAUGCAUACUCUAUUAGGCAUUACUAUGGUAAAGAGGGAAGGCAGACAAAUUAUACGCCGUACGGCUGCCAGAAAAUAAUAUCGAGCUCUGUUGGGCCUGGAGAAUAUCAUGGAUGUCCUUUCAGACAUAUGGACCGCGAUUCGUUAUGCCAAAAGUUAACUAGUUAUGGAGUAUUUGCUUCUAAUAUGACAGAAAUAUUAGACUUGGCUAAGGAUGGACAGUACCAUUUAGCAUGUGCCAAGUAUUUUGAAGUUAUGCACAAUAAGCCAGCAAGCAAACCACUUUUACAUCCAAAUGCAUACUUUGCUGAAAGUCGUGAAAUUUUAACUGAAGACAAUAGUAAUGGCAGAGAUUUUGACAAUAAAGAUAAAUUUUCUCAAAAUACAAUUGGAACUCCUGGAGGCGUAUCUUUAAGAAAAAGUGAUAGACAUUCUACGCCUUCUAGAAAUUCAGAUUUUACUGGCACGCCAAAAAGAAACACAAUCGACACAUCUUUGAGAAAAGUCCAGAAAACAAAUCAUUAUACACCUUCGAAGAAAACUAAAAUGACUCCAGUAAAUAUCGCAGAAAUGCUAAACGAUGAUUUUAUGGAUGUAGACCUAAUGGAUCAAAAAAAUUAACAAAUAAUUGUUCUGU